GAAACACGUUAACAGUCAGUGAGAACCCACGCGAGCUUAGAUCGAGAUCUAUUAUAUAAAAUAAUUUAUAAAAAUAUUUAUUCAAUAAUUUAUUUAUUAAUCGUUAAUUUAAGUAAUUACUGAAAAUGGCUUCGAUUCUUGCAACAUUUUCGGUUCUAAAAGAUCACGUUAAAUUAAAAUUCUCUGAAGAUAACGCAGUUAUUGAUAAUAUUGUUUUUCGACUUCAUUAUCGUGCUACUUUUCUUAUACUUGUUGCUAGUUCAUUACUUGUUUCAUCACGACAAUUUAUUGGUGAACAUAUCAAAUGUAUCAUUGACCAAGGAUCAUUGCCGAGUCAUGUGGUAGAUACGUUUUGUUUUUUCACAUCAACGUACACUGUUUCUAAACACAUGAAUAAAACACUAGUCGAACUAGGACACAUACCUCACCCAGGUGUUGGACCAUUCACCAAAGACGAUGAAAUAACACAUCACGCUUAUUACCAGUGGGUUCCAUUUGUUUUAUUUUUCCAAGCAAUACUCUUUUAUAUUCCACGUUAUCUUUGGAGAAACGCAGAAGGUGGACGAUUAAAAAUGUUAGUAUCAGGAUUACAUUUAGCAACGCUAGCACUUCAUGAUGAAAAAAUGGAAUUAGAUGGCGGAAAGACAAUACCUUCUAAACGUGACCGUGAAGAAAAAAUUCAGCAAAUAAGAACAGCAUUUUUAAACAGGCUUCAUAUAAACAGACCAUGGGCAUAUUAUAUGAGUUUUUGUGAAGUUAUUAAUUUUACAAAUGUACUUGCACAAAUUUACAUAACUGAUGCAUUUUUGGGUGGCGCAUUUAUAAAUCUGGGUAUCACGGCUACAAGCGCGGACUAUAAUUACAAUGACAAAAUGAAACCACUCGAUAUUGUAUUUCCCAAGGUAACAAAGUGUGCAUUUCAUAAAUAUGGACCCUCUGGAACUAUACAGAAACACGACGCACUCUGUGUUAUGGCACUGAAUAUCGUUAAUGAAAAAAUAUAUAUUUUCCUAUGGUUUUGGUUUAUCAUAUUAGCAAUUGUUUCGGGCCUUGGGCUCAUCUGGCGGAUGUUAACAAUGCUAUUACACUCAAGAAGUAAAGCAUUCAAUCGUUAUAUAUUUUCAAUAGCCUGCCCUGGUAAAUAUAAUCCAUGGAACGUUUUAAAACUUACCCACGACUAUUACUUCGGUGAUUGGUUAUUUCUUUAUUAUAUCGCUAAAAAUUUAGACAAUUACGUUUUCAAAGAAUUACUCGAAAAAUUAGCAUAUGAUUUAGAAGAACGAAAAGCUGAACGUAUGAGAUAUUUAAAAAGUUUAUCGCCCGAAGAACAACCUCUCAAGCAAGCUUAAUUCAUAAUUAAUAUUUACAUUUAUUAUUGUUUUUUUUUUACAUAUCUUAGUAUUUUUUUAUUUAUCGUACAUUCAACUCUAGUCUUAUGCAUUUAUUUUUGUUAAUUUUUUUUAAAUUAAUUAUUGGGAAAGAUAUAGCGGCGGUAGGGGAGGGGUUUGGAAAUUUGAAUGAAAAUAAAAUUUUGUUUGGCUAAUCUUUGGAGCAAAAUAAAACAUUUGGGGUAAAAUGAGCCAAUGAAAAAAUUUAACAGUAAAAAAAUUUUUCGUGGUACCAUUUUUGCGUGGGAAACAUUUCUCUUGAAUUAAAAUAAUUAUUGAAAAACUAAUGACGGGUUUAUUCAAAAUAAAUUAUGAAGGAUAAUUGCAAUCCACAAAAUUUAAUUACUCGCUUAGGUACCGCGACGUACCCCGCUCUCCUAUAUAUUAAAUUACGUGGAAAAAAAAAUUUCCUGACCAUAAUAUAAGAUUACUUGCGGUAACAAAUAUCUGCCUUGAUAUACGGACAUAAUAACGAAUCGCUUGAAUGAUAAUUUUUAAAUUUAUCAAAAACUACGCACACUUGUUCUGUUAAAUGGCCCAUUUAUAAUACGUACUAGUAACGCGUAGGAAACAAAUAGACCAGUAAAUUUAGUCACUAAAGAAUUUUUUUCCCGCCGAAAUUACGGUUUCAGGCCGGAUCACUAUAGAUCAACGAGUAGUCAGUUUAUUGUAAUUUUUCUGACGGGAAUGGCGAAUUAAUUUUUUAAAAAAUGUUGAAUUUGAUGUUAUACUUACACUGUAAAAAUAGCGGUGUUAAAAAUGGACUCAUUUUAACUCCGCCCGGUGUUAAAAUAAAAUUACACCGGUGUAGGAGGAGUAAUUCACCGGUGUUAAAAAUACCGGUGUUAAAUCAGGGUAACCGGUGUAAAAACGGAGUAAAAUCGGUGUAAAACCGGGGUAACCGGUGUAAAAACGGAGUAAUAUCGGUGUAAAAGUAGGGUAACCGGUGUAAAAGCGGAGUAAUACCGGUGUAAAAGCGGGGUAAAUUGCGUCCGCUUGGAGUAUUAACUUUAAAGAUUAUAAAACACAAAAAAUGUCAGUUCUUUAUGAUAAUUAAUAAAAAAUAUCAUUUAUUAACAAGUAAAGUGAUCCAGUAAGUAAAAAUAUUCACAAAGUAAAAUAUUUUAAUACCGGUAAAGAAUAUCUACACCGGCGGCGGCGUUAUUUUAACACCGGUUUAGAAUAUUUACACCGGCGGUGGCGGUAUUUUAACACCGGGGAAUUUUUUUUAACACCGGUACAGAAUAUUUACACCGGUGGCGGCGUUAUUUUCACACCGCUUUCGGGGGUAAAUUUAACACCGAUAAUUUUAACACCUACACCGAUUGGACUUACCCCGAUGAUUUUUUACAGUGUAUGAUAGUAAUUUUUUAUUUAUGCUAAAAGUAUAAAUCACUAAUAUUAAUUUUUUAAACGCUCGUUAUAAUGAUCAAUUUCUUCUUUUCGGCAUACUGUUAAAAUAUUUAUUUUUCGUUUAUUUUAACGAUAAUUUCGAUUGGAAAUUUAUCAAUCUUACAUAGAUAGUAAUUUUUUACAUUCAAAAAAUGAAAAAAUUAAAGUAAAGUCUCGAACGAAAAUUUUAUAAUGUGAAUAUUUGAAAGUAUAUUUAAUAUUUUAAUUUAAAUUCAAGAAAUUUUUAAAAUACAGUUUAGAUUUUUAAAAAACCUUUAGUGUUUUAUGGUU